AUUAUCAGAGACGUGUCAGUGUAUGUGAUACCAAAAAGAAAAGUUUAGAAUCUGAUUUUUAGUAAUUUGCUAUUUAAUUUUCCUGAAAAUAUAUUUCCAGUUUAAGUCUCUAGCUAAUUUAAUCUGUACUGUACUGUCAGUUUUGACUUUUUUUAAUGUAUUAGGGCUACUGAACAUAUGUGAAAUGGUGAAGGUAUAAUUGUCUUCAUGUAAGUCACCUCAAGAAUGCAAUGCUUCCUAGAAGACGCCGUACAGGCUCAGAAAGCGAGCCAUUAAUUGGUAACGAUAGAUACUGGUCACAAUCACAACCAAAAGCUUUAAGCAAUAUUAACACGGCUUAUCCAAAUAAUGUUCAUUUGGAUUAUUACCUAGAGGAAGAUUGUGUGGACGAUUACUUUGAACCAGAACCAGUUAUGACAGCUAGAGACCGUACAAGUGAAUUUAUCAAUACUAUUCAAACUUUGCAAGGGCGAAGUAUAGCAAGAGCUAUAGCCGCCAAAGAUCCUAAAAGUUCUAGAGUUAUACAGAGCCAUUCACAAUUUAUGUUAGUGGCAAAAAGUAUAGGAAAGAAUAUUGCCUGUACCUAUGUGAAAUUAGAGAAAUUGACAUUGUUGGCAAAACGAAAGUCACUAUUUGAUGACAGGACAUCAGAAAUCCAGGAACUAACUUAUAUAAUAAAGGGAGAUCUUAGUAGCCUGAACCAACAAAUAGCCCAGCUACAAGAUAUAUCCAAACGUCAGAGACAAAACAGCCAUGGAAAACAUUUACAGUCACAUUCUAGCAGCGUUGUGUUGGCAUUGCAGUCCAGACUGGCUACUAUGUCGGCAGACUUUAAGCAAAUUUUGGAGGUUAGAACGGAAAACCUCCGACAUCAGAAAAGUAGAAGGGAGCAAUUUUCUCAGGGUGGCUUGCCACCUCCACCAGUGUCUUCCAAUGCACAGGGAAGUCUGUUAUUACAAGAUGAGGAUCAGGUGAGCAUAAAUCUGGAGAGUACAGCAUUAAUACCCAAGCAGCAAAGUCAGAUACAAGCUUCCUUAAUGUAUGACGAAACUGAUAACUACCUACAGAGUAGAGCUGAAACUAUGCAAAAUAUUGAAUCUACAAUUGUAGAGUUAGGAGGAAUUUUUCAGCAACUAGCGCAUAUGGUUAAGGAACAAGAAGAAAUGGUGGAAAGGAUAGAUACAAAUGUUCAGGAUGCUGAAAUGAAUAUUGAGGCUGCACAUGCUCAAAUUGUGAAGUAUUUUAGAACAAUUUCGUCAAAUCGUUGGUUAAUGAUAAAAAUCUUUGGAGUUCUCAUAUUUUUCUUUAUAUUCUUUGUUGUAUUUUUGGCAUAAUGUUAAUUGCUUUUAUUUAAUUUUGUAUAAAGUUGAUACGUAUAUUAAUAAAAUGUAUAAAGUAUUCAUAA